AUGUUCUUCACCAAAUCCAACAUUGCCUCCUUGAUCGCACUGGCCUCCCUUGCCAAUGCAGCAGCAAUAUUGAGGCGUGAGUCGGUGUCGGGCGUGACUCUCUAUGCUUAUGGCAUUGGCUCAGGGCUUCCUCUUAUCUAUGCAGAUGGACUUGCUUACAUCGGACUUACUGGCCCAUCCGACGCUUCUGUAUCUACCAAUGUCACCUUCACGAUUGAUAAUUCGGACUCGACGAUCCCAUGGACAAUCAAACCCAAAUCUUCUACCGUUUCCUUCAAUGAGACUCUUUCCAUGUACAUCGUUCCUACUUCUGGUUCCUUCUCCCAGGUUGGCUAUUCAUCGGAUGGAUAUCUUCCAGAUGGUGCCGUGAACGUCGGAUUCUCUCUUUUCGGAACGUCAGUUGCGUACUCUGCUAGCGAAUCGGACCUAGAGUUGAUGUUCUGGGCUGAAAACUCGACCACCGAUGGUGUUUAUGGCCUCUACUGGGAUGCAUCCGCAGAAACAUCAGCCAUUCCUGAUGGAGCACUGCCAGUGGUCGUCAAGACGACAGUUCCAACAAUCCCAUCCAUCUAA